CAGUCGUAGUGGAAGUAGAAGUCGAAGCGGCGGCGGUUCGCCCGUCGAAAGACGGCUCGCGGCGCAAGGGGAGGAUGCGAGGGGGGAUUAUCGCGGUGGCGGAGGAGACACCCCGUCGCGGCGCCAGGGCGACGAGGAGCAGAGGCUCUCAUUGAGCUGGCGUACCCUGCUCUGGACCUAGGGGGCUGUAUGGAGGCAGGGGGGCUCCUGCCCCGGCAGCCCCCGCAAGGCCCCCCCUCAGGGCCAGCCUCGGCCUGCGUGGGCGCGUCCCAGCAGAGCGUGCAGCACCAGAAUAACAAUAACAACAACAAUAACAGCAACAUAAACAACAACAACAACAACGGCGUCGCCGUGCAACCCGGUGGGUUGAACGCGAACCAAUUGAUCGCCCAGAAUCAACUACAACAAUUACAAAUGGGACAGGCACCGGGGAUGGAGGAGGCCUCUACCCCUAAGAGGCAGGCCGUGUUCGACAGGCUGAGGAGGAGGAUCGAGAGCUAUAGGAGGCGGCAGACAGACUGCAUACCCAGGUUCGAUCAGAGUUUCAAUGGGCUCGUUGAACAAAAUAGUCAGGACACUCAGGUGCUCAAGCAACGAUUUCUCGAGAGCAAGGCCAAACGGCAGGCAAAGAAGACUGACAAGAAGCAAAACGACCCCAUCGGACUCGCCAGCGUUCACGUGGUACGUACGUGCGCCGAUGUGGGUUCCUACUUGACGAACGGCCGUCUGGGUAACCAGCAGAAAUUCCUGAAGCGGACCGCGGAGGAGUUGGAGCCACCGGGUGGAGGCAGCGGGGACGGCGGCUUCGGGGAACCCCCGUCGAAACUGCAAUGCACGCAGGCGCAGCAUCAGCAGCAGGCUCCCGGAAGUGGGGGUGGCGGCGGUGGCGGGGGUGGUGGGGGCGGUCCGCACCACGGUCACGGCGCGAAUUCCUCGGGCCCCCAACAGCAGCAGCAGCAGCAGCAACAGCAGCAGCAACAGCAGCAGCAACAGCAACAGCAACAGGGUGGAAACGAGGGUCUGACCAAGUUCUCGGUGGAGAUUGUUCAGCAGCUGGAGUUCACAACUUCGGCGGCGAACUCCCAGCCCCAGCAGAUAUCCACGAACGUAACCGUGAAAGCGCUGACGAACGCCUCGGUGAAGAGCGACCGCGUAAACUCAACCGCCUCGCCGAAAUCGGGGCCGGAUCCACCGGCUUCUGGUGGACCGCGGGCCCCAACGGGGGGUGGAAUCGGCUGCGUAGACCUGGGGAACCUCGUCGAGUGCAAGCAGGAGCCGGACAACGAGUUCGUGGACCUCGAACAGUGCGCGGCCGCCCUGGAGAAGGACGCGGCGGCAAACGGCGCCGGAUUCCCCGGCUUCUCGGACUUUAUCGGCGACGAUACCGGCGACGAGAUCAUAACGUCGGACGCGUUCAAGGACCUCAUAUCGGAGAUAUCCGACUUUCAUCCCGAGUUCAUGAAGGACUUUGACUUCGAGGAUAAGUGCGUCGACAACCUCGCGAGCAACGCUCUGCCAACCAACGUGACGAACAACGGUCAGAUAAAGGUCGAGGACGACAAGGAGGCCGUUCACCAGCACAACAACAACAACAGUAACAGCAACAACAACAACGGGACCACCCUUCCCUCGAACUCGAGCCCUGGGGCCCUCGGCUCGGCCCAAUACUCCCCGGCUAGACUCGCCUACUCCGGUCUCGACUUCAAGUCCGAGAUGAGCCCCGCUGCUCAGACCCUGAAGCAGAUGGCUGAGCAGCAUCAGCACAAGAAUCAGCAUCUCGGUCUCGCCGGUUUUAAUCCUGCAGCAGCGGCGGCUCGGGGACCGGCUGCGAGGUCGCCCUAUGCCGAGUUCCCUCAGUUUGGCGGGGCCUCCGAUUACCUUGGUAGUCCCGGCAGCAACGGGCCACCAGGAAGUCAGGCACAGACCGCGCAGACGGCGGGGGCCUAUCACAAGUCGAGCAAUUCGGCAAACUUCCAGGGGCAACAGACUAGCGAUAUUUUUACCGCCCAGUCCCAGUUCUCCACACUCGGCGAUAUCAAGCGGGCCCAAAAUUCCGGAGGUAAACCCUCGAUGAUGGGACCCGCCGCUGGGUACAAGCAACAGUAUUCGCCCUACGGAAGCCCCGGGUCUAUGCCCAAUCACGGCAGUCCCGGGUACCCUCUACCCCCCAGAGGAUCUCAGGCCGGUGGCGGGCCCAGUCAGUCCGGAUCUCAAGGACCCUUCACCAGCUCAACUCCACCCAGGCCUCCCUCCGGACCUGGCACUUCCACGCUGCAGAUCAACCAGGCCCAGCAGCUACACAUCAGCAACCCUGGGCACCAGAUACAGGUGUCUGCAGGCCAGCACAUGCAGCUCACCGGUGACCUGAAACCCGGUGUGUCCGUAGCGGCACAGCAGGGAAUGUACUUCAACCAACAACAGGCCCAGAAUCAAUCUGGACCCGCUGGUUCCCAGAGCGAUACCUACUGCUCGGUAUCUCAAUCGCAAACCAUCAAUUUCACCCAGCAAAGUCUCAGGCAAAGGGCUGCCGCUACCGGGGGAGUUUCACAACCUGGAGGUGCCGCUGGGGCGAGAGGUCAUCCUCAGCAGGUACCACCCAGUCAGGUUGAUCAUCAACACGCGAAACUCCUCCAGCAGCAACAAAUGCUGCGCGCACAACAGGUGAUGCAACAGCAGCACAUGGCCGGUGGAAUGGGUGGCGUUAGGCCUCCACCACCCGAGUACAAGGCAGCUCAGGCCCAGAUGAUGCACGCCGGCAUCGGGAUGGGCGGUCAGGCGAGGUUUCCUACUGCUGGACCUAUGCGAAGAGUAGCUCAGCAACCAAUGCCUCCAUCGGGCCCGAUGAUGAGGCCGCAAAUGGCUCAGCAGCAACAGCAGCAGGCCCUCCACGCCGCCGGAGGAAACAUGUACAUGGGCGGCGGAGGCAUGGCUUCCAUAAGCGGUAUGCACCAGAUGCACCAACGGCUCGGUUACCCCAGGACGAACAAUCAGCGGCCGCCGAACGUCAGCGUCGGUCCUCCCGACGGUCUUGGGAACAGCAUAGCUGGUCGCGGAGCGCAGCCGGAAUGGCGACACAUCCUGCAGAUGCACCAGCAGCAGGGUUUCCAGGCGCAAAUGCGACCCCAAUUCAACCAGCAGGGUCACCAAGCUGGCUUUGGAAUGGGCGGUGCCGGUGGAAUGCAGAUGAGUGCUGCUCAGAUGCAGCAUCAGCAGCUAAUCAGGUCGCAGAGCGGAGGUAUGGCCGGUGGUGGCAUGCCAAAUAGCACUCAGAUGCAGCAAAUACUAUCCCAGCAGCACCAGCAGCAGAGUCUCGCGAUGCAGCAAAGCAACAACCAAAUGUCCGUACAGAUGCAGAUGUCCCAGUCGACCUCUGUGAAUUCUGUCAGCAGUGCCGGCACAGGCUCUCCUCUUCACCCGCAUCAACAAUACGGUUCUGGUAGUCCGGGAGUGCGGAGUUUGCCUCAGCAGCAACAGCAGCAGCAACAGCCGCAACAGCAACAGCAAUCUCAGCCUCCUCCGGCGCCGCAGGACUCGUCCGUUGCAACGGAUUUCAGUCUCGAAUUCCUUGAGAAUCUUCCCACGGGAGACACAUCCAAUUUUAGUGCCCAAGAACUCCUCAAUUCUCUAGAUUCCACGGCCGGGUUCCAAGGUUUCAACCUUGAUAUUUUGUAAGGACGACGGUGAGACUGUCGCUCUGUUUUGACUCUUGCUGAAAAGUGUUAAUUUAAAUAAUUACAAAACUCGAAGCUGGAACGGCCGAUCGUCGCCCUCUCAUCGUGUCAGUAAGAACGUCUCUCCUUGAGGCCGCGGAAAUGGCUUUUACGCGACAGACGUUGAUCCUGCUGAGACGGCGCGACGCGGGCAGCGAAAAUUGCCCGAAAAAUAGUCAGAAGCGAGAGGUAAUCAGGUCUGAAAUCUCUAUGCCGGAUCGAUCGAUCUCUGGGGAGGAAGGGAAGAGGACAGCCGCGGGUGAUUCUUUACCUCGAAAUCCGUUUGUUGCCAAUCUUUAUCUCGACCUCCGUUCUCCCAUUUUCACUCUUUAUACCUUUACGAAUGUAUUAUUAUUAUUAUUUUUAUUUUUAUACUGAGCCAAUUGAAAAAGUUAACGAAUAAUGAAAAUUCGUCGGACGUUGUAAUCUCCGUAGAAAGAAAAUACGUAGUUUGUCGUUAUACAUAUUAGAUAAUAUUGUUACGAAUCUCAAACCGUGACGACUGGGGACAGUUCGUUUUCGCACGUUCUAGUAGCGCCAAACUCCGAUUUCUCGGAAUCCUUUUAUUAUUUUUAUUCAUUUUUUUUUUCAUCCGAAUCCUUGUUAUCCUCGAUUCGAAUAUCGCCAGGUGUGAUUAUGGACUUGAAACGAUAAUAAAACUAAUGAG